GCAGAGGACCCGCCGCUGCCGCCGCCGCCGCCGCCGCUGCCGCCGCCGCGGGUGUGAGGCGGACCGGCCUGGCCUGGCUGGCUCGCUGGCUCCCUCCGCCGGGCAGCCCGCCCAGGAGCCGCCGCCGGGCCCGCUCGCCGGCCGCCUCUGCCGCCGCCGCUUGCUCCCGCCGGCCGGGCCUGCGCCGCGGCGCCGCCGCCUGCUGCCACCCUCUCUUCCACCUCCACCCCCAGUGCAGAAGCCAUGGCGGGCGCCGCGUCCCCCUGCGCCAAUGGCUGCGGGCCCGGCGCGCCCUCGGACGCCGAGGUGCUGCACCUCUGCCGCAGCCUCGAGGUGGGCACCGUCAUGACUUUGUUCUACUCCAAGAAGUCGCAGCGGCCGGAGCGGAAGACCUUCCAGGUCAAGCUGGAAACGCGGCAGAUCACGUGGAGCCGUGGCGCCGACAAGAUCGAGGGGGCCAUUGACAUUCGGGAAAUCAAGGAGAUCCGCCCAGGGAAGACGUCACGGGAUUUUGAUCGCUACCAAGAGGACCCUGCUUUCCGACCAGACCAGUCACACUGCUUUGUCAUCCUGUACGGGAUGGAGUUCCGCCUGAAGACCCUGAGCCUGCAAGCUACAUCUGAGGAUGAAGUGAACAUGUGGAUCAAGGGUUUAACGUGGCUGAUGGAGGACACACUGCAGGCGGCCACGCCUCUGCAGAUCGAGAGGUGGCUGCGGAAGCAGUUCUACUCAGUGGAUCGGAACCGUGAGGAUCGUAUAUCAGCCAAGGACCUGAAGAACAUGCUGUCCCAGGUCAACUACCGGGUCCCCAACAUGCGCUUCCUCCGAGAGCGUCUGACGGACCUGGAGCAGCGCAGCAGUGACAUCACCUACGGGCAGUUUGCUCAGCUGUACCGCAGCCUCAUGUACAGCGCCCAGAAGACGAUGGACCUCCCCUUCUUGGAAGCCAGCGCCCUGAGGGCGGGGGAGCGGCCGGAGCUCUGUCGAGUAUCCCUUCCCGAGUUCCAGCAAUUCCUCCUCGAGUACCAGGGGGAGCUGUGGGCUGUUGACCGGCUGCAGGUGCAGGAGUUCAUGCUCAGCUUCCUUCGAGACCCCUUGCGGGAAGUUGAAGAGCCAUACUUCUUCCUGGAUGAGUUUGUCACCUUCCUGUUCUCCAAAGAGAACAGUGUGUGGAACUCGCAGCUGGAUGCCGUGUGCCCGGACACCAUGAACAACCCUCUCUCCCACUACUGGAUCUCCUCCUCCCACAACACGUACCUGACCGGGGACCAAUUCUCCAGCGAGUCCUCCCUAGAAGCCUACGCCCGCUGCCUGCGAAUGGGCUGUCGCUGCAUUGAGUUGGACUGCUGGGAUGGCCCAGAUGGGAUGCCAGUCAUUUACCAUGGACACACCCUUACCACCAAGAUUAAGUUCUCAGAUGUUCUGCACACCAUCAAGGAGCAUGCCUUCGUGGCCUCAGAGUACCCGGUCAUCCUAUCCAUCGAGGACCACUGCAGCAUUGCCCAGCAGAGAAACAUGGCACAGUACUUCAAGAAGGUGCUUGGGGACACACUCCUUACCAAGCCCGUGGACAUCGCUGCAGACGGGCUUCCCUCACCCAACCAGCUCAAGAGGAAGAUCCUCAUCAAGCACAAGAAGCUGGCAGAGGGCAGUGCCUAUGAAGAGGUGCCUACGUCGGUGAUGUACUCCGAGAACGACAUCAGCAACUCCAUCAAGAACGGCAUCCUCUACCUGGAGGACCCUGUGAACCAUGAGUGGUACCCGCACUACUUCGUUCUGACCAGCAGCAAGAUCUACUACUCCGAGGAGACCAGCAGUGACCAGGGCAAUGAGGAUGAGGAGGAGCCCAAGGAGGCCAGUGGCAGCACGGAGCUGCACUCCAGUGAGAAGUGGUUCCAUGGGAAGCUCGGCGCGGGACGGGAUGGACGGCACAUUGCCGAGCGCCUGCUCACUGAGUACUGCAUCGAGACCGGGGCCCCCGACGGCUCCUUCCUUGUGCGGGAGAGCGAGACCUUCGUGGGCGACUAUACCCUCUCCUUCUGGAGGAACGGGAAAGUCCAGCACUGCCGGAUCCACUCCCGCCAGGACGCUGGGGCCCCCAAGUUCUUCUUGACAGACAACUUGGUCUUUGACUCACUCUAUGACCUCAUCACGCACUACCAGCAGGUGCCCCUGCGCUGCAAUGAAUUUGAGAUGCGCCUCUCAGAGCCUGUCCCGCAGACCAAUGCCCACGAGAGCAAAGAGUGGUACCAUGCCAGCCUGACCAGAGCUCAGGCCGAACACAUGCUGAUGCGUGUCCCCCGGGACGGGGCCUUCCUGGUGAGAAAACGGAAUGAACCCAACUCCUACGCCAUCUCCUUCCGGGCCGAGGGCAAGAUCAAGCAUUGCCGUGUCCAGCAGGAGGGCCAGACGGUGAUGCUGGGCAACUCGGAGUUUGACAGCCUUGUGGACCUGAUCAGCUACUAUGAGAAGCACCCACUGUACCGCAAAAUGAAGCUGCGCUACCCCAUCAAUGAGGAGGCGCUGGAGAAGAUUGGCACUGCUGAGCCUGACUACGGAGCCCUGUACGAGGGACGUAACCCUGGCUUCUACGUGGAGGCGAAUCCUAUGCCAACUUUCAAGUGCGCUGUCAAGGCCCUCUUUGACUACAAGGCCCAGAGGGAGGACGAGCUGACGUUCACGAAGAAUGCCAUCAUCCAGAAUGUGGAGAAGCAGGACGGUGGCUGGUGGCGAGGGGACUACGGGGGGAAGAAGCAGCUGUGGUUCCCGUCGAACUAUGUGGAGGAGAUGGUCAGCCCCGCAGCCCUGGAGCCCGAGAGGGAGCACUUGGACGAGAACAGCCCCCUGGGGGACUUGCUCCGGGGGGUCUUGGAUGUGCCGGCUUGUCAGAUUGCCGUCCGUCCUGAAGGCAAGAACAACCGGCUCUUCGUCUUCUCCAUCAGCAUGGCUUCCGUGGCGCACUGGUCCCUGGAUGUCGCUGCCGACUCGCAGGAGGAGCUGCAGGACUGGGUGAAGAAGAUCCGAGAAGUGGCCCAGACGGCAGACGCCAGGCUCACAGAGGGGAAGAUGAUGGAGCGCAGGAAGAAGAUCGCCCUGGAGCUCUCCGAGCUGGUUGUCUACUGUCGGCCUGUUCCCUUCGAUGAAGAGAAGAUUGGCACAGAACGUGCCUGCUACCGGGACAUGUCGUCCUUUCCGGAAACCAAGGCUGAGAAAUACGUGAACAAGGCCAAAGGCAAGAAAUUCCUCCAGUACAACCGGCUGCAGCUCUCCCGCAUCUACCCCAAGGGCCAGCGGCUGGACUCCUCCAAUUACGACCCCUUGCCCAUGUGGAUCUGCGGCAGUCAGCUCGUGGCCCUCAACUUCCAGACCCCAGACAAGCCGAUGCAGAUGAACCAGGCCCUGUUCAUGGCCGGCGGCCGCUGUGGCUACGUGCUGCAGCCGAGCACCAUGCGGGAUGAAGCCUUCGAUCCCUUCGACAAGAGCAGCCUCCGGGGCCUGGAGCCGUAUGCCGUCUGCAUUGAGGUACUGGGGGCCCGGCACCUGCCAAAGAAUGGCCGAGGCAUCGUGUGUCCUUUUGUGGAGAUUGAGGUGGCUGGAGCGGAGUAUGACAGCGUCAAGCAGAAGACAGAGUUCGUGGUGGACAAUGGACUGAACCCUGUGUGGCCUGCCAAGCCCUUCCACUUCCAGAUCAGUAACCCGGAAUUCGCCUUUCUGCGCUUUGUGGUGUAUGAGGAAGACAUGUUCAGUGAUCAGAACUUCCUGGCUCAGGCUACCUUCCCGGUGAAAGGCCUGAAGACAGGGUACAGAGCCGUGCCUUUGAAGAACAACUACAGCGAGGACCUGGAGCUGGCCUCCCUGCUCGUCAAGAUCGAGGUUUUCCCUGCCAAGCAGGAGAACGGGGACCUCAGUCCAUUCGGGAUGUCUCUGCGGGAGCGGGGCUCUGAUGCCUCAGGCCAGCUGUUCCAUGGCCGGGCCCGGGAAGGUUUCUUUGAAGCCCGCUAUCAGCAGCCAUUUGAGGACUUUCGUAUCUCCCAGGAGCAUCUGGCAGACCAUUUUGACAGUCGGGAACGGAGGGCCCCACGAAGGACUCGGGUCAACGGAGACAACCGCCUCUAGUUGUGCACCAGCCUUGUUGAGAGCAGCAGGUGCCGCGUGCCUCAUGGAGUGCUGUGAGCUGGGUUCUUGGGAAGUGGCCUGUCGUGGUGGCCAUCCUGGCCCCAAGGCCCGGAGCCUGGAUUCCAGCAGUGACUGCUAGACGAAACCAAGCCAUUAACGAGAUGUAUUACUGUUUGGGGCCUCCAUGCCCCCGGCUCUGGGUGAAGGCAAAAACUGUCCUGUGUCUCGAAUUAAUUAAGCACACACAUCUGGUCCUGACUUCUGGAGAUGGAGCCUUCCAUCUGUGGGGCCAGGACCAUGGCUGUAGCCCCUUGGAGAGAGGCUGCCUCAGCCCACAGCACGGGAGGCUCUGAGGAACCCCGGACCUUCUCGAGAGAGCAGCAGCCUCGCCAGGCCAGGGAAACAAACCCAAGUUUACAUUGUCCUGGAGCUUUAAAAGCGCAGCUGGGCAGGGGUGGGGGUGGUUGGCCCCGAGCCAGGGCGGAGGAGCACAGGACCUGCCUGCAGAGGGGCUCUGCCUGCUUGAGGAAGAGGACACAGCACAAGGGCGCGCUGCCCACGGCCGGGGACACUACCCAGCCUGCAAGAUACAGGGGAUCGUGUUAGAAAUAGCAGCGAGGGGCCCGAGGAGGCAGAGCCCCAGGGCGCCGCCUGGAGGAGGAAUAGCAGCACCUCGACCUCAGGAGGAGGAGGAGGACCUGGUCGCCCUGCGUCACCAUGGGCCACACUGUCUGCCUGCUGCCGGAAGCCAGGGGCUGCCCAAGGCGGGUGGUCUGAAGGUGAACCUGGAGUACGCAGACCUGCUCCCUGGGGGCCAGAAUUUGUGGAUGUGCUGGCUGAGCCGUGCAGCCACUCCUGCCACGUGGUGGGCGAGGGUGUGCCACACGCAGAGGCCACGGACAGGUGCCACCAACAAGCAGAAGGUCUAAUGGUAAGACUGACUAGAGGCCUUGGUUGGACACGGGUGCCAGGAUGGAGGAGGAGGUGGCGGGGAUCUUCCCCAGUACAUUCAGGAAACUCCUGCACACACGGACCUGCCUCCUUCAGGGCGCCCUUCAGCGGGGGCCCCCCCAUCCUGGUUCAGACUGAAGACCACUCUCCCCGUUGCAGCAGCAGACUUGGGAUCGGAGCCUGCAGCCAGCACAGCACGAGGAUGCUGAGACGGUCCUGGGUGUUCACUAAACCAGUUGAAAGUCCUGUUACUGGGCAUCUGUGAUGUUGGAGAUGGAAUUUUAAAGGUUAUUUUUUGCACACCCGUUUCUCACUAUCUUCAUUAUUUCACGUAGGUCUAUGAUUUUCUAGGUCUUCCACUUCUAACCGGAAAGCUGCUUGGAGGGUGGGGGAGCCAAAUGAACGAACAUGUCUGUGCACUGUGGCAGAACUGUUAUUUUUAUGGAUUUUACAGCUCAACUAACAGUGUUAUCUUUUCAAGAUUUAUAUAUUUAUAUACUCUUAAGAAAAACCA